CAAUUAAGUGGUAACUUGCCGUAAUGGAAAAUCCUGUGAUCCUAUUCCUGCCCAGGUAAGAAUUAAGAAGUCUUGAACUCCGAAGAACUGACUAAUGCCAAAUGACAUUUAUAGCCUUUUCAAGGGAAGCUGGAAGGAAGCCUGGAAAGGUUUUAUAUCUCUCUCUCUCUGUCAUCGUUUUCAGUCAUUGGAUUUGGGGGUGUCGAAGGAUUUAGCGUGAAAGAUCAGUAUCUGAUAGUCCGGAAUCCGGAUAUCCCGAUCAUCAUCUGAAAUAGCGAAAGGUUCUCGUUGGUUGAUAGAUUGAUUCCGUAUCGAGUUUUAAGUCUUCAGGUUUCAAGAAGUUAGGUGAAUUAAGGUCUUCAGGUUCCAAGCAUAGCCUUAGAUCGGCAAGAUGGUUUCAUUCGAGAUGAACGACCGGAAAAAGAUCGGGCUAGGAUUGACAGGGUUUGGCAUAUUUUUCUCGUUUCUGGGAAUGAUCUUAUUCUUUGACAAAGCACUUCUUGCCAUGGGUAAUGUCCUCUUCUUGUCAGGGUUGAUGUUGACUAUUGGACUGAAAUCCACCAUGCAGUUCUUCAUGAAACGCCAGAGCUACAAGGGUACAAUCUCAUUUGGUUUGGGCUUCUUCUUUGUCCUUAUUGGUUGGCCUAUCAUAGGCAUGAUCUUUGAAGCAUAUGGGUUCAUUGUACUCUUCAGUGGCUUCUGGCCUACGCUGGCAGUUUUUAUUCAAAGGAUUCCAAUUCUUGGUUGGGUGUUCCAACAGCCAUUUGUGACUUCUCUCUUGAAUAGGUAUAGGGGUAGACGGGUGCCCGUAUGAAGUCUCUGAAUCAACGGAGGAGCAAAGCGGCGAAGCAGCACAGUUUCCCCAUUGUAAGAUGGUGUCUGACUGAGAUCCACUAUCUUGAGUUGGCUUACAUUGUAACAAGUGAACAAAUUGUACUAAAGACAUACUUGUUGAGGAUUUUGCCUUAUGUACAUGAAGAGGUUUUUUGUAUAGACUAGCCUGCUGGCAUCAGUAUGUUUUUGGAUGAUGAUGCCAGGGGCUGUAGAUAUCUCGGAGGAUAUAUUUGUUGUUCUUCUGUUAAUACGUAUCUUCUCUUUCCAAGAAAACAAAUUUACUUGAUUGGUGAUAA